AAAUGUCAGUUGAUACUUAAAAUAAGUAAAGCUAUGCUGCCUAGCUUCCAGAUGAUAUUAGUUUUAUGAGUGAUAAUAAUGUCCUUUAUUCAGACACCUCACGAGAGAUGCAUAACAUAUGUGUAUUUAUGAGGAGGGAUAUGUACGCAUUUUCCAAGCCUGUUUACUUGUUUGAGUGUCUGUUGCAUGCAGUAGGAACAUGUUUAACAUUCCUGUUGACAAAGUUAAUGCUGUUUAAGCAAGUCGUGAGAAAUAUAAUCUGGGGAGGAAUUCGUGAGAGAUCCCUUAAGUUUACCACCGACGAGUCGACAGAUGAAUCUCUUGUGACCUUUUCCACUAUACUGAUGAAGAAACGUUUUGGGAGACGGCAUAAGAAAUUCACUGAGAUUGCCAUCGACGAGUCGACAGCAGAAUCUUUUGUGAAAUUUUCUACUAUACUGGUGAAGAAACGUUUUGGGAGACGACAUAAGAAAUUCAGUGACACCGCAGAGGCUUUAGAGAAAUGGAGACAAAGGCGUCGCAAGAAGCGUGCACAGAAGCGUUUCGAGAAGAUGCGAAGAGAAAAGUCGCAGAAACGUAGGCAUAAACUACGUGAGAAGUUGCGAAGUGAAGAGUCACGGAAACGUAGACAUAAACUACGUGAGAAGCUGCGAAGAGAAGAGUCGCGGAGACGUAGACAUAAACUACGUGAGAAGCUGCGAAGAGAAGAG